CCAGCGAAGGAUCCAAGCUCUCGGCGAUGUCGUCCAAUGAGCUCAAAAGUCUUUCGAAAACAUUGGCGCGUGCGAAUAUAGAUGAUGCGCAAGAAAUAUACAAGGUCUUGGUAAAUUUCAUCAACAGCAAAGGCAAUCGCCCGGAGGAAGUUGUUACAAGCACGCACCACUCCCCUGAAAUAAGGGGUGUCGGUCAUGGGGGUGUAGGUCAAACAGGUGGUUCCCAGGAGGGGGAUACAAUGACCUUUUAUCAUAGUGAUACAAGCUGUGAGGUGUCUCCCACCGACCCGAAGUUUCGUACAAUGUCAUCUAUAUCUUCACCUCCUUUGGAUACUUCGUCCCCCAAGAGUAGCGGGAGCUCCAUUGGCGUGCAGACUGAAUCCCACAGUGCGCAGGAAGUGACCACCGUACACACGUCAUGUACAACUUCUGUUGUAACUUCGAAUUUGAGGGAAGGCGUACCCGUCGGCACCCACCUCCCUGUUUGCAGCAGCGCAGCAGAUGGUGUUUUUGAAACACGCACCAACGAAUUGGUAUCAUCCAAGCAACAUGGUGGUACUCCAGUGGUUUGUACCAGCAGCCCAGUAACAUCUAAACAUUAUGCAAGCAUACGAAGCCAGGCUACUAGUACAGCCACUAGCCCGGUAUCUCCCAUGCAGUACAGUAAACCAAGCCCAACCAACCCACCCGAUGAUGCAAAUGUAAUACCAGCCACGUCCGUCGCCAGGACAUUAACCCCUGAUCCGUACAACUAUUCCACCAAAAUUUCUCCUGGUGCGGCGCCAUACGGAAGUCAACAAUCUGUUUCUGCUGCGUCUGCAAGUGCAAUUCUAACGGAGCGUCAAAUAUUGAAAGCUGAUAUCCGACCUUACUCAGACCCCAAAACGACGAGCUCGAUGCCCUACCAUCCGGGGGUCCCACGAUAUCAGCAUAAAGAAAGGUUUUACCCCAUUUCGCAACCGGGUAACCAAGAAUCUCGGGUGGGAGACCCGUAUUCAAUACCAAGGUUCCCCGUCGAAACGACCCGUCAUGCAAGUGGUCAGCAGUAUUACCAACUCGAAAGCGUUUCAGUGGACCCGAGGGCAGGCUGUGUGAUCUCAGGAACAAGCCGCACAGUCGCUGCAUCGACAUCGUCCGGCGAUUUGCCAGCGCAAGUUCACGCUCUUCGCCAUUCUGCGCACGCAAACGCCGUGGCAGAUCACGCAUUUGCGAGAAGGGUCAACACGAAUUCGGAAGCCGGAUACACCGCGGUGCCCGUUUCAAGUCACGCAUUUCCUGUUGACGAGCACGUAGGUGCCGAGCCGAAGCACGUAAUACCUAUUCCAAGUCACGCUUUCACAAGAAUGGACGUGGCAAAAGUUGCGGUAGAUCACGCAUCCACGAUGCCUGCUCGCGCGAUUGGUGGUCCAAGCCGUGAAAUUCCCGUUUCACGCCAUGCCGAUUUUAGGUCGAUUCGAACUGAGAGUGCUUUUUCAGGCUAUACCGGCGAUAUUCUCGCUCAAAGUUGCCCGACCUCUAGUGCACCUGCAUUUGCAUCACCCAAGGAAAACGCUGAAUUUGCAUUGCGGGAGUUACAGCCGGUCGCGCCAAGUGAGCAUGGUGGCCAUCGCACUCAACCACAUGUCCGUCAAGCUGUUCAAUACCAGGAUGGGCAUAUUCCGAGCCAGUUUCUGGGGGCACAGCCACCACUUUCUGCACCUCUUAGUACAAAGAAUGCGUUCAGUUAUCAGGAUGGUGGUCAGGAGAAAUACAGUGUUGUUGGUGGUGAUUGUAAUCGGGAUGAUAAACACGUGAGACGGCCGCAUGGUUCUACUGGAGCUGUUCACAGGCAGGGUGAAGUUUGGAACAGUAGAACUGAGCGUUCGUCCCAGAUUCAAAUGGUGGUACCUCCCGUACUAGACUUCCCUGGCGUGUUGUGUGUUGGUACCUCGGCUGAAGCCAGUCUCUCCAUAUACAAUCCGACAUCAAGAUGGAUUAGAUGUUCGUCAGAGAUUGUAACUUGCACCAUUAAUGGCUUCAAGGUGGAUUAUCAAGAAUGUCCUUUCUCUAUACGGGAAAAAACGAUGAUAGGACCUAAACUGACAGAGAAUAUAAAGGUCGACUUCAAGUGCCUGUCUGCCGGUGUGUACGUCGCCGAAAUGAAAGUUGUCUCGACCCCAGUUGCCUCGGCAUCAGGCGACAUCGAAACGUCUUCUGCAUUCGUCAGUUUACAGGGCUUUGCUGAAGAACCGAAGAUAGAGAUCAUUGCUGACGAAUUGAGGACGUUGGAUUUUGGUGAAAUUCAUCAUGGGUGCAAGAGUGUCAAACCAUUGAGGAUUAUGAAUAAAGGAAUGACUGUUGUGCCACUGAAGAUGCGCAUUUGCUCAAAUUCGUCUCCUGGCAUGUUCAUAUUUUCCAAAGCUAAUACUCCUGAGGUUAUUCCCGAGCUCGACUUGCAAAAUACGACGUUGAAGUGUCUUGUACCAGCACGAAAUGACUCGGGAAUUAAACCAGAACCUCUUGUGAUCUGGAUCGAACUUGCCGACAAGAAUCAACAUUUCGAGAAGUCAGAUGAGGCCGAGGUGUUGAGCGCCGGAAUUAACAUACAGCUUGAUGUAGGAACUGUCGCGAAGAUUCUUGGAAAUAUUCAACUUUCGGCUAUCCUGGGUUUUACCAAGAUCCAGAUACCCAAAGCCUUUCAGAUGGCGAUGUGCCUGUCCUCUCCAGUUGGAAAAAGAGUGUCUCGUGAAUUUCCUUUCACAAACGCUGGAAACAUCUGUGCCAAUGUAGAACUGACCGUUCCAAAACACUUGGAUGUUUUCUCAGUCACACCAGAGAAGUUCCAAGUCCGACCAGGAAUGGCUGUCAUGGUUAAGGUUAUGUUUACACCUUUAUGCAAAGAGACCUGUGAAACCGUGAUUCAAGUUUUGGAGCCAGAUAACAGCAAGUGUUAUGAAGUAUUGCUAAGGGGCUCAGCGGUAGAACCACAACCCGAAAUUGAUGAUGUUCCGCCCAUACUGAGUAACAAAUCCUGGUUGUGUUGGACGGGUGUAGAUCUCGGAAAUGCCACGCACCAAAGACUCUUCUUGCUGAAUGAUUCCGCUGAUCAACCGAUUCACUUUCAAGCGAUGAUCCAAGGAGAGCAUUCGGACUUUGAGAUUCAACGUAUGAGAUCUGAAUUUUCGAAAGGUGGUGUAUCGUCAGAGAAAAUGGUUUUAAGACCCAAAGAAAGAAUGCCAAUUUACGUGUUGUUCGCCCCGUCCUCAUUUGGAGUCUUCAAAAGUGCCUUGGUUCUUAAACCGGAUCGUGGUCCUCGGUUUCAAAUACCGUUGUACGCGUAUGGCGGGAAAAGUUGUCUAUCGUUCGUAGAUCUGAAAAAGACAGCGGAAGGCUUCGAUGCUCCACUGGGCGAGGUUUCGCUUGGUCGUCGUAACAUACUGAAGAUUACUGUGAGGAACACUGGAAACAGAGCUGCCUUUGUUAAGGCCGUCUGUUUUGCUGACUUUCAAAUUCGUCUUCACUAUCAUCAGACACAUCUUAGUAUUGUUCCAAGCGAGUUUGUUUUGCCAGAAAGAUCUUCGAAGGAACUUGUGAUCGUAUACCAGCCUCUACAGCACGAUGCUAAAGCAUGUCAAUACGAAUCGAAGAGGGUAGCAACUGUCGUGUUUUACCAUGGAGAUGAAGUCCUCAGACAAUGGUAUAGAAAAAAUCUCAGUAAACAAAAAGGGAUGAACGAAAAGCAUGCAAGCGGAAACUGGAGGAAUGACGAUAUUCAAUUUGAUAAGAUUUUCCAGGACGAAAAUUGUACCGCUGAAGACUUCGAUUUCCCUGAUCUGGACAACUACGAGCGAAUAUUUGACAGCCACGUUUCGCAAACGUUCGUCAACCUUUUGGGUGGAAGCGAGAAGAACGUGGUGCAGUCAGAUAUGGGCGAAGAGAGUCUAGUCAUGGCUACACCGAGGAAACGAUGUCUGGAGCCUGAGACCGAGAAAAGCACUGUUGCCAAGGGCGAUAUCGUCACUGAUAAAAGAACAGGGAAUACAGACAAAGAUGAAAGUAGUGUAUGGUCGUUAAUACCAGAACAAAUCAGCUUAAAAGUUCCUGUUAAAGGCUCGUCUGAUUCAACAAAAAAGAUUCAAUUGUUAAACUUCUCUGAUAGACAACUGGAGUUCGAGUUGAUCUGGCCAGCCCAUUGCAUUGCUGUGACACCUCACACUGGAGCAAUAGCUCGAAAAAGUCAAACGACCAUCAACAUCAGCGCCUGGGGCAGUAUUUUGAAGUCUGGCGUGGAUUUACCGUGGUCCGGUACGGCUUAUGUGAAAUGUGAUGGGGAAAAGAAGGCUAUAGCGAUCCAGAUUCACAAUCCACUAGUGAGUGACAAUUCACCAGCGCCGAGUGUUAUCGAUAAGCCACUGUCCAUUGUAAAAUCUGGCAAAGAUGAACCACGUUUGUCUCAGACCUAUACUGCUUUCGUGAAGCCUUUGAAAGCAACUCAAUUGUUGAAAAUUAUACCAACGCUAAUCGAUUUUGACGAAAUUCAAGUGAACAAAGCGUCGUGUUCAACCGUUACAAUUGAAAAUAUUUCAACAUCAUCACUAAGGUGGAAAAUUUCGUCGUUUGCGCCAGCCUAUGCAAAGGUGUCCGAUGCAAGUGCAGAAUUGCUCCGUGCAACCUACCCCGUAUUCAGUUUCUCUACUCAAAGUGGUUUCCUACGAGCAAAUCAAAUUGUGAAGAUUCAAGUUGAAUUUCGUGCUAGAGACGCUGGAGAUUACUGCCAAAUAUGGGACUGCCAGACAAAUCCAGAGAGUCCGUUAACUUCAACAAAGAUUAAGUUAGAGCUCUCAGGAAAGGCUGUCGUGAAUGAUAGAACAUCCUCUGCCGAGAUGGAAAAAGAUAAGAAAAGCGUUGAGAAAGGAAACGUUGGGACGUCCAGAGAGUCGCUGCCGGAGAUUCCCUCGAAAGAAACCAAAGAAUCUCAAAAGGGGAAAGCUGUUGUUUAUUUCCAGUCCGAUAAUGUGGAUUUUCCCGAUACAAAAGUGGGACAGACCAGCACAGCGAGAAUAAAGAUUUGUAACAAGUCGACCAGCGAACAACAGUUUCGAAUCAUCGCUUCCUCAGCGCCAUUUUACAUGAAGUGCACCAGCCUUGUUACAAAACCAUCUCAUUACUUGAAAAUCCCCGUUUAUUUCUCGCCCCAAGAAGCGGGCAAACAUUACGAAGCUACGGUCGCAUUUGAAAACAUAAAAUCUGGGGAAACACUGGACGUGAAGCUACGUGCAAAUAGCGUUUGAAUAUUUCAAAAAGAAAUGAAAAUAUAUUUAUUUAUUUAUUUAGCAUAAUUUAUCAUGGAAAUGCAGUCAAAAUUGUAGCUAUGAACACCUCUGGUUUUGUGUUUUUGCCAAAGCCAACACAAUAUUAAGAGCUUUGACGAUAGUUGGUCCUUACCGUCAGGGCCAGGAUGUAUAAACAAAACUGUCGAUGCUAAAAACUUGAAAAUCUAAACAGACUACUGUAUGUAAGUGGGGUAUUCAGUGUUUAGUCGCGUGUAUAUAUGUUAUAUACAUAUUAUUUAAAUUUAU